GUGGAGAAGGAGCAAUUUCUUUGAGAUGCUGCUUUUCUAUUUUGCUAGUCCGAGUAUCACACUCGCAGAUCAACAAUAAAAGUCCCUGGUAAUAGCACGAGUGUUGAUAGGUGUGCUAUCAAGUUAGAUGUUUGCAUGAAGUGAAUCUCCGUUGAAAAUUUGAAUUUCCUAGAAUAAACCACUGUCGUCCUUCCAUUGUGAGAUUUUUGAACUUUAUUUUUCUUGCUUCACUUCACUCGAAACAGGCUUCGAUUGACGCGAAUAUCACAAGCAAGCAACUCUGAUUUUCCAGGGUUUUUUGGCUGACGUAGGAGCGAAGAGGAGCCACAACUUCCUAUCAUUCCCCAAAAAAGUACGCCCACUUCAGGACCACCCACCCCAUUCUCAACUAAUUUUGCGAAAUUCGCCAUAUUAUUUGAUUCUGCUUCCGGUGCAGUCCUAGUUCAAGCAUAACUUAUCCUUCUGAGUGUGGAGUGGUGGAACUAGAAGACACUCUUGACGCAUCCGGGAUUUGGCGACACGGAGAAUUGAAAGGACGAAGAGGAAAAUCGCACCGCCAAGACCUCUUUAGAAUUUGCAAACUCGCACUCAUUGAGCGCUGCAAGAAUGACAAAACCAAGGGGAAUCAAGUUCAACCAUCGAAACGGCCGCGCCGGUAGCGAUGGUCGCAGAAGUAGUUUCUCAGAUAUCAGCGAGGCCGCCUCGGAGCCAGGCUCUCCAAAGAUCUCGAAGACAGAUGGCGCAAGCGAUGAGAAAAAGCAGGAGAGUAAUGUAGUUGUGCCGUCAGAAUACGAGAAGAAGAAGCAGACAUUUAUUACACGAUCGAUAUGGACCUUUGUGAUGAUAGGGGGGUUCUUUGCAUCUAUGUUCAUGGGGCACAUAUACAUCAUUGCGAUUGUCACCGCAGUACAAAUAAUAUCGUUCAAGGAAGUCAUUGCGAUUGCAAACGUUCCCAGCAGAGCUCGUCGAUUGCGUUUCACCAAGGCGUUGAAUUGGUAUUGGCUGGCGACGACGAUGUACUUCUUAUAUGGCGAGAGUGUGAUUUACUACUUCAAGCACAUUGUGUUGGUUGAUAAAGUUUUACUGCCCUUUGCGACACAUCACAGAUUCAUCAGCUUUAUGCUCUAUACCAUUGGGUUUGUAUUUUUCGUCGCUUCUCUUCAAGCGGGACAUUACAAGUUUCAGUUCACGCAAUUUGCCUGGACUCACAUGGCCCUCUACCUUAUUGUGGUUCAAGCCCAUUUCAUUAUGAACAAUGUUUUUGAGGGAAUGAUUUGGUUCUUCCUACCAGUAUCUCUUGUCAUCUGCAAUGAUAUUUUUGCUUACAUCUGUGGUAUCACAUUCGGUCGAACACAACUCAUCAAGCUCUCACCCAAGAAAACCGUGGAAGGGUUUGUCGGCGCAUGGAUUUUGACAGUCAUUUUCGGUGUCGGUAUGACUAAUGUCCUCAUGCGAUACAAAUACUUCAUUUGUCCAGUAAAUGAUCUUGGUGCCAACCUCUGGACUGGUCUUGAGUGCACUCCAAACCCAGUUUUCUUGCCUCAUACCUAUCAACUUCCUAUCUGGUUUCCUGUUUGGAAAUCCUUCUCCAUGGCACCAAUGCAGGGACACAUCCUUGUCUUUGGUACCUUUGCAUCCCUCAUUGCACCAUUUGGCGGAUUCUUUGCUUCUGGGCUCAAAAGGACUUUCAAAAUUAAGGAUUUCGGUGACUCGAUACCUGGACACGGUGGAAUUACUGAUCGCAUGGAUUGUCAAUUUAUCAUGGGUUUCUUCGCCUACGUCUAUUUUCACAGCUUCAUUGCUAUCUACAAAGUCUCACUUGGGGGUGUCAUUGAAACGGUGAUCAACGGUUUGACACCAGAAGAACAAAUGGAGCUAGUUAAAGGAAUUAGCAAGCAUCUUUACAACCAAGGAGUCAUUGCCGAGGGGGUAUUGGAUUGCCUUAACGUGGUUGUGAGCAAGAUAUAACGUGCUUCACAAAUUAUGAACUUCCUUCGAUAGAAAUUCCUUUCUUCCAUUACGAAUGAUGAGUUUUAACAAAGUUUUACCAAGGUGCAUGGAGAAUCUUCACACGUGUAUAAUAUCCUUUUAAUUCUCGGUGCAUACAUACCCAUGUUUUGGAUUCUCUAUUUGGUGUAUACGAACGAUGGUUCAUGGUUGUAGGGAUUCGGUAGGAAUGGUGGGCCCAGCUCUUCCUGUGUUAUUAUGAGAUGGGGAAGGUACUUAAUCUGUUGAAAUUGACAAAUAAGCCGAAGGGCAUAGCGUUGGUUAUAAAAGUGUUUAUGUGGAUGGAAUGAAUGAGUGUGUUGAAAUACAGUUUUCACUAGCGAGAAUGAUACCUUUUCA